AUGCACGCGAUGACCCCCUUUGCUGCUGCGACUCCACCUGCGUUCUCCCCACCACCGGGUGCAUCGCCGGCUCCGUUUCGCCCCUCCCCUGCUGUUCGCGCCUCGCUCCCUCUACCGUAUGCUCCAUCGGGCGGCGCACCAGGUGGUGGCACUGCGGCAACUGCUCCGAAUCGAUCACACCGAGCACCAUCGAUCAUGUCGACUUCGAGGAUGAGCGGUCUGCCGUCUAGCUUUGAUGAGCCCGUGCUCGAGGCAAGGAAGGUCGUCGCGUUGUUGAACGGGGUGGAGGGAUCGGGCUCGGGAAUACUCGCGAGACUUGAGCAAGAGUGUCAGGUUGUAUUUGAGAUGUAUGAGAGGGCGUACGAAGAGGGCUAUGAACCGGAUCCAACAGGUAAGCCAAGACGGGUGUGCGAUAGGUCGGAAUCAUUCCGUGAAGCUGGAAGUUGCAGCUCCGUAUCACGAUACCUCGAGCUGAUUCGCAUGGGUUCGCAUUCACAUCGCUAGCACUCCAAAACAUGCUAUCGACAAUGCAACACCUACUCUCAACGCUUCAAUCCUCGGCCGUCGGUGGCUACCCUCUCGCGGCAGCAAGCUCAGCCGAUUCGUCGUCGAUGACCCCGAGCGCUCUCGCAACGCGGAUCGAACAAACCUCGAGUACCGUGCGGGACUUGUUCAAGGAGAGGAUGAGGGUCAAAGAAGGGGCCGAGAUCGUGCGCAGCGUCUUGUCGAGCUGA